UUUUCCACCUUUGUGUUUUGAUCUUUUCAAGUUUUUCAACUAACUCUAGUCUACUACCUCUAUAUAACUAGUCUACGCGCCAUAUCAAACAAUAUAAAACUAAAAACUUAAAUAAAAGGCUAAAUCUCCGGCGAAUAUUCCGGCAACAACAUCGUUGAACUUCGCCGGAAAUGAACAAGUCAAGGAGUACGAGCGCAUUGUUUGGUCACCCUUGCCGGCGAUCAGUGCAAGAUCGACCAUCUUACCGGAGGACCAGGUCCAUUUUCUCCGACUCCAGCUCCGGCCUUUCCCAUUCUGAGCCUGUUGAUAGUGAUGACUACUCCGAUGUCUUUGGAGGCCCACCAAAAUCCCUCCUCGUUCACAAAUGCUCUAGCUCCGGCUCUCUUUACGAAGGAAUUUUCAGGAUGCCGGAGUUCACACCUCCGGUAGAGAAGUGUGACCUGAGCUUGCCUGUGUUCAGGAUUCCGGUGAAAAACGAAGGAUUUUUCAAUGAUAUAUUCGGGUCGGAUGAUGACCGGAAAUCGAGAGAGCGGUCAGGGUCUCUGUCAAAGGCGAACUCAUCGUCUGCGCUGAGUUCGGAGGAAUUAAGUCCUUGCCGGCCAACAAUGGGAGAAGAAGUGCCACUGUCUCCUCUUGCUUCAAAGCUAAGGCCAACCAGUGCCCCGUUGAAAUGGAACUCAUCAACUAUGGUGUCCGAGGAAUAUCCAAGUAAACAAGGGGUGUCAUUUUUUUCAUGCAAUGAUCAUUCAUUUGGAGUUCAACACGAGGAUAAUGAAUACAAGACAAACUUCAAAAGCUCUCCUCAAGGAUUCUCAAAAUUAGUCUCAUCCCCGGCAACUACUAGUCUUGGAUCUGAUUCAUAUCAAGGCGCCAAAGUAUUUGCCGAUGACUGUGAGCUAAAUUCCCCAUCUGAGUCUAAAUGUUCAGUUUAUGAUCAUGUGCUUUCAGAACAAAUUACAGAACAGGAUGAUGAUGGGGAAAGUGAUGAUGAUUACAGCGAUGAUGACGAUGUUAUGAGCUCUUAUGUCAUAGAAAUUAACUCCAGCCUCAGAAGGGAAGAUUGUGAAGCGUCAGACAUCGAUGAAGCAAUUGCAUGGGCCAAAGAGAAGUUUCAAUCAAGAAGCCCUGAUGAAAAGUCAAGAAUGAGAUAUGAUGGCAAUGAACAGACUGUUAAAAUGCAAGGAAGUCCUGAUGCAAGUGAAUACCAUGAUUAUGGAAUUGGAAAAGUUCAACCUCCUAAGCAGAAACAACAGACACAAACUGAAAAGUUGGAUGAAGACAUAAGAAUGUGGUCAUCUGGCAAAGAAACCGACAUCCGGCUACUGCUUUCAACACUACAUCAUAUUCUAUGGCCUGAGAGUGGCUGGCACACUAUUCCUCUUGUGAAUCUAAUGGAAAAAUCACAGGUGAAGAGGACUUAUCAGAAAGCAAGGUUAUGCCUACAUCCAGACAAACUGCAACAAAAAGGAGCAACACUCCUACACAAGUACGUAGCAGAGCAGGCUUUCUCCAUUCUUCAGGAUGCAUGGGCUGCAUUCAUUUCAGAAGAUGUUUCCUUUUGACCGGUCAUUGAUGACUCAGUUUUGUCGUGAAAGUUGUGGACAAACACCUGGCUCUACAUUUGGAGAUUUGAAAACAUCAGCUCCUUUGUACAAAUAGUUUCUGAUGGAUUCACUGUUUGUUCUAUGUUUGUAUUAUAAAGUUAAGUUAUUGGAUGCUUUAGUGGGCUGGGUAUUAUUCUUUAGGCAGUUAAUAUAAAAUAAUGUGAUUGGGUUUAGUAUUUUAUUUGUAUAUGACGGAAGCAAGAAUUAGCUUGUACUAUACUUCUGGAACCAUAUGAUAUAACCUUUAUUGCAUGUAAUGUCAUCUCAUUAACCAUAUUAGGAAGAGUUUGUGUUAUAAAGAAAAAUAGAACAUCUGCACUUCGUCUUUUUUUA